AUGUCGAAGCCUGCAACACAGAAUAUGAAUGCUGAUAGCGAAUCUGAAAAGUCGACGCCUACGGAUCCUUCCAAGAGUAGAAGUGGAAGGCUCAGGAACGUUCCAAAUUUCGCUGCCAUGGCAGCCGGCGUAUCUGGGAAGGCGGAGGGCUCCCCGACAAAGACCCCAUCUAAGACUUCUAGGAGUCCAACAAGAGGAGCUCAAUCUUCUCCUGAGCAUGAUGGUCUAGACUUUACUGAGCCGAUCAAGCCCAGGAGGCUGUACACAGAUGACAGCAGCCGGAGGGAGGGCGACGAAGAUACUGAAGACGAGGAGCCUCCUGUGGUGAAGAGGCAGCCGCCGAAAGAGGUUCCUUCCCCAGAGCAGCUGGAGUCUUUCAAGAAUUUGCCAAUGUGGGUCAAGAACCUUGAGUUCCUGACAGAGCCUCUUGAAGGAAGCAAAUCCAGCUACAUCCUCCGCAACAGCGAGCUGCUCCGUGCUUACUUCAGGACGCAGCAAGGGCAGAUGUCCGAGCUGUUUGCUGUCUACGAUAGACACCCUCCCAACACUGCGCUUGAUCCCAAGUCUGGGACUCUUUACUUCAUCAGGACAGAAGAGGGCCUGCAGGAUAAAGCCAUCAGCCUCAAGAGCGUCGCAUCUGGACCCACCAAGCACACCUGGAAAAUGGCGUGGGGACGAAAGACGCACCUGAAGAAAUGGGGGAUCUUGUAUAAAUCAUAUCGCUGUCGGCACAUGUACCAGCCCAAAAACAGCCCUCCACCUUACAGGAUGCAGAUUUACGUGCUGGAGGAGCACGAUGUAGAUAUUUCAAGGGGUGACCGUUUGUGUCCUGGGUUGGCUCUCGUGCAGAUCUUGUCGCUGGAGCACGCUCCGUUAAGACAUCGGAACAAGCCCAAGAGAAAGUACGAAGAGGAGGAAGACGAGGAGAUGUCCGACGAACCUAUCUCUCCUCCUCCCUACGUUCUUUCCACGCCCCGUACCCCUUUCACCCCAAAUAAGUACGCGGCGAUCCCUCAGGAUCUGGGGCGGGGCAUGUGCACUCCCCGGAAGGUAGCGCAGAGGCUGGACUUGGACGUCGACAGGGACCCGCUUUCACUCUCAGCAGAGGCCCUCAGAGCUCUGGAGAAGCAGUCCUUGUUCCAGGACCUUCCCAACCCUCUCUCUAAGAUCUCUCCCACCGAUCACUACCAGAAGCGGGUCGUGCUGGAAACCAAGUUCAACCAGCAGCUCGUUACUGCAAGCCUUCCUGACCAGGCAAAGCUCUUAAAACUGCAAUAUGGGGAAAUGUCCACGGCUGUGCUUGCCGGUAUCGUAACGGGCAAGCCCUGGGGUCUGCCGGAUAUCGACAUCUCGUGCUCCAUCGGCCUCAGUGGGAACUCUACCCCCUGCAGCGACCUGACGGCGCUAGGCUGGGCUCACUUGAUCUCCUUGUGUGCGGCCCAUGAGGAGCUGGCGAAGAGCAAAGUACAGCUCGUCCCUGCUGAACCGCUCAGGGUGAGAAAUCGUCUCUUCCUCUCUACUGCUCUAGCUCCUCUUUCCCAUGCCCAUGCCCAUGCCCAUGCCCAUGCCCAUGCCCAUGCCCAUGCUUCUGCUCCUCAUGUCGUGGCUGAGCUGCAGCAGGCCAUUGCGAAGGUUACAGAUCUAGGAGGAAUGUCAGAGUCUUGUUCGAAUGAGGCGGGCACGCGCCAGGACGCCUUCGCUACUCCUCCAACGUCAGUGAAGCCGGUUACGAGCCUCAGCUUCGAGGACUCUGCCGGGGAGCCAGCGGAGAAGGUGGCGAAAGUAUUGGAGCUGUGA